CUCAGAGAAGAAACAAUGUUCAGGCUCCUGAUUCUGUCCAUCGUCCAGUUUGCGGUCCUGAACACAGCCAAUGGACAUGUGAUGUCAACGCCAUUUCGGUGUUACUGGAAUAAAGAUGAUCUCAGUGAUGCAGAGCUCAUACUGUCUUACAUCUACAACAAGAUUAACUACUUUGAGUUUAACAGCACUCUGGGGAAGUAUGUGGGAUACACAAAGUUAGGCAUCAGUAACGCAGAUAGACUGAACAAAGACACUGCAGUGCUGCAAAGACGAAAAGCUGAUUUAGAAAAUUUCUGUAAAUAUAAUGCUGAGAUUUACUCCAGCGAUGUUCUGAGUAAAACAGUUGAACCCAAAGUUAAAGUGAAGUUGGUGAAGAAAUCAGAAGGCUCUCAUCCUGCUGUGUUGAUGUGCAGCGCUUACAGCUUCUACCCUCCACUCAUCAAAGUGACCUGGCUGAGGAACGGUAAGGAGGUUGAAGGAGGUCAGACGUCCACUGAGGAGAUGGCUGAUGGAGACUGGUACUAUCAGAUCCACUCACACCUGGAGUACACACCUGAGUCUGGAGAGGAGAUCUCCUGUGUGGUGGAACACGCCAGCUUCAAAAAACCCAUGAGCUAUAAAUGGGAUCCGUCCAUGUCUGAACCUGAUAAGAGUAAGAUUGCUAUCGGAGCGUCAGGUCUGGUUCUGGGGGUCGUGCUUUCAGCUGCUGGAUUCAUCUACUACAGGAAGAAAUCCUCAGGACGGAUCCUGGUCCCGACAUAAACACAGGUCUUCAGGAGGAGGAACACUGGAGUGUUUACUGGAACCUCAUCAGAUAAACACCUGCUUUAUUCCUAACAGUGAGAUCUUACUGAGACAUUAAUGUGUUCUUCUGUUUGUUAUCACUUACUUUUAGCUUUUAAGACUUUAAUAAAACUCGUGUUAAAUAUCUUGA